CUCUCUUUUCCUGCCGUUUUCAUGACUCAAAAGCGACGCAACAACGGGCGCGCCAAGCACGGCCGCGGCCACGUCAAGCCCAUCCGCUGCACCAACUGCGGCCGCUCCGUCCCGAAGGACAAGGCCAUCAAGCGCUUUGUUGUCCGCAACAUUAUCGAGUCGGCUGCCGUCCGUGAUAUCACCGACGCCUCCGUCUUCGAGGUCUACGCUCUUCCCAAGAUGUACCUGAAGCAGCAAUACUGCGUCUCGUGCGCCAUCCACUCGAAGGUCGUCCGCAACCGCUCGGCCGUCGACCGCCGCAACCGCGACCCGCCGCCGCGCAUUCGCCGCCCUGCCGAGGGUGCCAAGAAGCCCACCGGCCCCCGCACCCCCGCUGCUGGCGCUGCUGCCCCCGCCGCUGCCGCUGCCCCCGCCGCUGCUACCCCCGCCCCCGUCAAGGCUUAAAGAGCGCAUUGUCCACGCAGGUUGAGUGCUAGGCUCUUCCUGUUUGCGCCAGUUGGCUUUUUAUACGGAAGAGGCGAUAGUUUCAUGGCAGUUUGAGACGAGUGUGUUUGUCUCUAUUGAACCGUUUUUUUUGUUCGUUUCAAGUUCAAGACCACACAACAUCUCUUGUCUAGUCGUGUUAGCCCGUGUCGCUUUUUGUCCCCCCUUUGUCCUCAAUAUACAACAAUCGAAAACAAGCCCCGAGUUUUUGAG